AUGCCUUCUUCGCCGGCAGACACUUCGUUCAAGAUCCUCCCUUGGGCGGUCAUCGUUUAUCUGCAACCGAAGAAUCGCCAGGAGCCGACAUGGACGUACCGCCAGGCACUGAUGAAUACGAUUUUGAAGGUGUGCUUGCACAAGUAUAUCUCGUUGCACAGGGAACCAUCACGGCUCUCCCUCAAGCCAGGGUUUGAAAGAAAUCGAUUUAUUCUCAUCGAGCCCGCAAAACCUGCCCUCUUCACGGGAGUUGCUUCCAGCCCGAUGGUCAGCCCGGAGACCAUCGGGGCCACAUGGUACCCUGAGCAUCCUCCAUCAGGUCUUGUCAUUCUACAGGGCCAACACAUCGUACUCCACAUGCAUGGGGGCUCGUAUAUCUCGGGCGAUGGUCGAAUGGGCUCGUGCCAUUUCAUUGCCGAGAAUCUCCUCGCUCACACCCCCAGUCGGUAUGUGCUGAGCCUCCAGUAUCGACUUGCCGGUCCACCAAAUGGACGAUUUCCAGCGCAACUGCAAGAUGCCAUUUCCGCCUAUUUCUACUUGCUCGACUCCCUUCACAUUCCAGCUUCUCAGAUCAUUCUGUGCGGUGACAGUGCUGGCGCCAAUCUUGCCCUUGGUCUUUUACGAUAUAUGACUACUUUUCAUGAUAAAGCUCUGCUGCCUGCGCCAAAAUGCGUGUGGCUACUGUCUCCAUGGACGAAUAUUCCUGAAGCCAUGAAUUCGGAGGCUUGGAAUCGUAGUCCACGUUACAAGACCGAGUACGUCCCCGCAUCUUUCCCGGCUUGGGGAGCCACCUUGUUCUUGCGUGAGCUUGAAAUCACCCAGUCAGUGGAAGAACAUGUUGCCCCAAUCAAACAUCCAUUCUAUUUGCCCUCGCCUGUACUGGUGGUGACGGGAGGGAAAGAAGUGCUCUGUGAGGAACACCGCGAGUUCGCCCAAAUUUACAAGUCUUUCGGUGAAAAUGAUGCCCUGGUGGGUUUCCAUUGUUCUGAACCUGUUCCUCACGAUCUGUUUAUGAUUGGAUGGAUUAUGGGCUUCAAGAAAGAAGCACGCGAGUGCGCUGAGGCUGCGGGGAAUUUCUUGCGGCAACACAGCGCGCGCCAGGAUUGA